AUGCUAGGCGCAAGGGAAGGGGUGUCAAGCAUGAGAGUCAUAGAGAGCAAGGGUUACCCUUAUGGCGAUAAUGUGAAGUGUGUGAACUCCAAGGGUGUCUCAGUUGGUAGGGAUGGUCAUGGGCCUAAUUUUAAGGAUGCUAUAAUUGAUGCCGCCGCUGAUGACCUAUUCAAUAAAGUUCAUGGAAUGUCAACAUUCCAAUACGCUGAUAAAUAUCCAGCACAGAACCACAUUUUCAACAAGGCAGUGAACGGUAUAAGCACCAUGGACAUGAAAGCCAUUUUACAAGAGUAUACAGGAUUUGAAGGAAUAUCAACACUGGUUAAUGUAGGUGGAGGAAUCGGAGAAAUGCUACAUAUGAUAAUCUCUAAGUACCCUUCAAUAAAGGGCAUUAAUUUUGAUUUGCCCCACGUUGUUGAAAAGGCACCAACAUAUCCAGGCAUAGAACAUGUUGGAGGAGACAUGUACGUAAGUGUACCCCAGGGUGAUGCCAUAAUUCUAAAGGCUGUGCUGCACAAUUGGUCGGAUGAAGACUGCUUAAGGCUCUUGAGAAAUUGUCACAAGGCACUGCCACAAAAUGGAAAGGUGAUUGUUGUGGACCUAAUAGUGCCAGAAGCAUCAGAUUCUGAUGAAUCAAAGAUUGUUUCUAUCAUCGACAAUCUCAUGUUUGUCAUUGGUGGUAAGGAGAGAACAACUAAUGAAUUUGAGGCUUUAUCCAAGCUUUCGGGAUUUCCAGGAUUUGAAGUUGUUUCUAGAGCAUUUGGUGCCUUGGGAGUCAUGGAAUUUCACAAAUAAGGGCAAUUUAAAAUUAUCUUUUAUUUCGUAUCACUUAAAUUCAAACAAAACAUAGGUCCUUUAGAAGAAGUAUGUUCCACUCUUAGCAAUGUUUGGUUGUACAAUGCUAAUGCCUAGGAUAUAUAUGGGCAUAAAUAACUAGGCUUCAAGUAUGAGCCGAAUUUUAAUUAUUUUUCUUCUUGAUAUGUAGGUCGAAAGAUAUUACUACAUCCCUCUAUAGCUAUUAUCGUCCAAUGUAAUGAUGGUUAAAAUUAAAUAAAAGUUGCUUAU